CGUUUUUCUUGUUGUUUGGCAAACUUCGUUCGCACUCGCGGUUGGAUGCUUUUGUGCUGCUGCAUCUUCUGACAGAAGAGAAGACGGAAAAAUCCAUCACUCGGCAAGCUGUUUAGCAUUUUCGUUCCCGUGUUCCACGAUCGGUUUUGAUCGAAUAUUCUGCUCUAGUUAGAACUUUUUGUCCGCAUACGAAAACCUUCCUUCGACGAGCAUCCGCUAGCCAUGGGAGACGGAGACGAAAUCGCGAAAAAGGUCCAAGAGUACAAGGAUACUUUGAUCAAGAAAGCCGAAGAUCUCAUCAUCAAAGGAUUUCCGGAGAAAAUCGUCAAGCUAAACGAUCUUUUGGCGACGCCCCAGUUUGCCGAACGGAACUUUUCCGAUGUCUAUCAGGACCUCAACAUUCCAGUACCAGACCCCAUCGAGAUCACCAGCAACGCCGAAGGGGACAAGGGAACAUCCGAAUCGUCCGAUGAACCGGGAGCCAAACGUGCCCGGCUGGACCUUUGCUCGGUGAGCGGCACCAAGGUGAUGGUUCUUCCGAGUGGUCGCGUCCAGUGCAACACACCCAUCUGCGAGUUGAUCAAGGUGGUCAAACCGGUGAUUCGGGCGCUAGUUGAAGACUCCAAUCUGCUCAAGAUGUGGAUUUCCUUUAUGAUUCCUAAAAUUGAAGAUGGCAACAAUUUCGGCGUUUCGAUCCAGGAAGACACCCUGGCGGAAAUUCAGUCCGUAGAAACGGAAGCUGCUGCGUUCUUCGAUCAAAUCUCGCGAUACUUUGUAUCGCGAGCUAAGGUAGUUUCCAAGGUGGCAAAAUAUCCGCAUAUCGAUGACUAUCGUCGCGCCGUUCAGGAACUGGACGAGAAAGAAUUCCUCAGUUUAUGGCUUGUGCUGAGCGAAGUUAGAAACCGCUACUGCUCCUUGCACGACAUCGUCAUUAAGAAUAUGGAGAAAUUGAAAAAACCACGAUCAUCAAACGCAGAAAGUUUGUACUAGAAACCAUCUUCGGUAGUUUGAAGAGUAAAGUUUAUCCCUUUGACUUAGCAACAUCUAAAAAGUGAACGGUAUCAUUUUUUUCUUAACCCAUAUAUUAUUGAUAGUAAUCGGUAUCUAAUGGUUCUUGAAAUGUUCUACAACGUAAAAUACAGAACUAAUAGCAGACAAAAACCUUGCCGUGAUCAUUCAUGAGAACUCGAGUAACAACACAUUGAUGGUAACCUUCCUCCAAACAAUGCAUUAAUAUUUUUACCCAUAGAAAUACUUUGUUAGCUUUGUGAGGGGAUAUGAAAUUUGAUCCUUAUUCUACAAUAGAAACCAUGGCCGGAGAAAAUUUCAAAUUUUCCUUUUGUCACCGAUUCAAAGGUUUAAGAUAUUUUAUUUAAAAAUCUGAAAAAUUCAAAUAUUUGCAACACCGAAAGUCAAACUGUAGAAGAUAAGAAUUGUAUCAUCUUUUGUUUUCGAGAUUUUUCGAAUUUAAUUAUUAUAUGCAAGUUUGUUGCAUGCAAGCUUGCAUAUAAUUUGUUCCCGUUUAUUGAAAAUUUGGAUUUUUUUUAACCCUUCCUCGAGCUGUUUCAACUGACAAAAGAAGGAUUGCAAAUUUGUUCCGGCCUAAGUACAUCAAUGAUUCGUUUGAGUUCCCCAAAUUCGGAACGGUGCAAAGGUUAUUUUUUAAUUCCUGGGUUAAUUUAUUUUCCACACAUGUGUCUCAUUACUGAAAAUACAUUUUGGAAAUAUCGGAAAAUAAAAA